GCUGGCCUCAGAGAUGCCGGAUACAAUCACGUAAGUCUCUCUGAUAUUGGAAUGGGCGUCUCUCUCACUAUGUAAAAACUAGAAUCGACAAUAAAGCUUCUCAUAGUGAGGUAAAAGCCGACAAAUAUCGUCCAAUGACUCAUCGAGGAAACGUGGGGAAUUCCUUUGAGUCGUCAACAUCGCUCUUGUCUGACAAUUCAACACCGUCUUCACCACCUUCCUCGGCACCAUUCUCAAGUAAGGCGACCACGCCAAUUGAUAUAGGGUUGAUGAAAGAACCUGUGGCAGCAUUUACGGCUCUCAACGCUUCCUCUACACAACGACGGUCAUUUGACGUACGACCUCGUGUAUCGAUACCGACCGAUAUCGCCCUGCAGGACUAUGCCCAUCAAUGCAUCGCAGCAGCCGAAUCGUCAAGGUUGAAUCCAUACGCAUUGCAUCCAGAUGAGUAUGGUAUGUUGAGGAGGCAUAUUAGUCACGCCCAGGUGACUACAUAUCUGAAUAUCCGCAACGGGAUUCUUCGCUUAUGGAUCAACAACCCACGUAUUGGUGUGGCGCGUGACGAGGCUGUUGGAUGUGCUAAAGAUGAGAGGUGGUAUGAUGUUGCCAGUGUGUGUUAUGACUGGCUAGUCCGCUCAGGGCACAUCAAUUUUGGUGCUGCCGAAGUUCCCUUUGGAGUAAAGCGGCAUCAAGAGCCUAAAUCGCUGAGGCGUGGGAAGACUGUUGUCGUUAUUGGUGCUGGCAUGAGUGGACUCGGCUGUGCUAGACAACUUGAUAGCUUGUUUAAGCAGUAUGCCGACAGAUUCUACGAUAUGGACCAGGAACCGCCUCGAGUCAUUGUUCUUGAAGGUCGCGACCGUCUGGGUGGGCGUGUCUACUCGAGAGCGCUUGAUAGUAGUAAAAGCCCCCACAUGCUAGGGUUCGCGGGUCGGCGACACAGCGUCGAGUGCGGUGGGAUGAUCAUCACGGGGUUUGAGCGAGGUAAUCCUCUGAAUGUAUUAGUGCGCGGGCAAAUGGCGCUGCCUUACCACGCUUUGAGACCCGAUGCCAUUCUGUAUGAUACGAAUGGCAAAGCCGUGGAUGAAGAAAGAGACAGGAUGGUUGAGAAAGUUUUCAACGAUUGCUUGGAACGAGUCUCAGACUACAAAUUCAAGAGUCAACCGUCUAAGCUUAUCGAAGGCAACAAAGAUUUAAUAGAUGAAGGCCGUGAUAGCUCAUCAGAGGGUUACAAAUCCAUUGCUGAUGUAGAAGAAGCAACAGCUGCCCUUCCACAAGCACCACCAAUCUCAAAACAAAGUCUAGGACCACAAGUCAGUCUGGUACCUGUCUCUACAGACCGUGCAACUGGACGAACCCAUGUUGAGCCAGGCACGCCAGCUGCUUUGAAAGCAGCAUAUAAGGCGCGACUAAUGGGUUGGACACUAAAAGAGGGCGUUACUGAAGACAGUGACUUGGACCUGGACACUGCGGCCAAAUCAAUGACUGCUACACUAGGCUCAGUCGUGGAUGAAGCAAUUACCCAGUAUAAGAAUCUUGUAGACCUCACGGCACAAGACUUCCGACUUAUGAAUUGGCAUGUUGCCAACCUCGAAUAUAGCAACGCAACGAACUACCAUCAGCUCAGCAUUGGAGGCUGGGACCUUGACGCGGGUAAUGAAUGGGAAGGCAAGCAUACCAUGGUCAUUGGAGGGUUUCAAAAUGUUCCUCUAGGCCUCGCUAUUGCACCAUCGCGUCUUGAUAUUCGAAAACAUACUGCAGUCAAACGAGUUUCAUACGAUCCCGAAGCGAUAGCCAGUUCCCGUAUUGAGUGUGAAGACGGGUCGGUUAUCGACGCCGACUACGUCGUCUCGACCAUUCCACUUGGUGUUCUAAAACACGGGAGCGUCGAGUUUCAACCGGCUCUUCCCAAAAAAAAGACAGAUGCUAUUGCUCGUCUUGGAUUUGGUAUUUUAAACAAAAUUAUCCUUGUUUACGAUCAUGCAUUCUGGGACACAGACGUAGACAUCUUUGGCUGCUUACGAUCACCACUCUCUCGACAUAGUCUUAAACAAAGGGAAUAUGCUUCUCAGCGUGGCCGUUGCUUUCAGUGGUUCAAUGUCUCUAACACAAGUGGAAUCCCUGUGCUCAUUGCUCUUAUGGCAGGAGAUGCUGGGUUUGAUACCGAGCAUUCCAAGAACGAUGAACUCGUCGCGGAAGCCACAGAAGUCUUGCGCAACGUUUUCGGUUCCAAGGUUCCUCAACCUGUACACUCUAUUGUCACACGUUGGGGGUCGGAUAAAUUUGCUCGGGGGUCCUACUCGUCUGCUGGUCCAAAUAUGCAUGUUGAUGAUUAUCAGACUAUGGCACAGCCAGUUGGGAACCUGUUCUUUGCUGGGGAACACACUACUAAUACACAUCCAGCAACUGUGCAUGGUGCCUAUCUAUCAGGAUUACGUGCAGCAUCAGAGGUUCUCAACACCAUGCUUGGACCCAUUGAGGUGCCUACACCACUUGUUCUGCCGAAGGAAUCGCUAUUUGCUCUUUCAAAUGGGCUAAAGCGUAAAGAACCGGAAGAAUUAUCACCUAAGGCUGCGAAGCAAGCUCGAAUUGAUGCCUACGAGCUAGCCCUUUGGCAACAUGUUGUAUCGAAGAUUGGCGAGCGUCCCUUGCCACCACCUAAAGUCGCGAGCAACGCAUACUUUCUUUAUAGUAAGCUCAACUACGAGGUUGCCCGUGCAAAGUGUCAAGAAGGUCGGCGCGCCGGAAAAGGAAAGCCCGCUCCCAAUGAAGUCCGCGUCAUGACUAGUAGAAUGUGGAAAGAGGCAACCCUGGAAGAAAGGAAGCCUUUCGAAGAACAAGCCAAUGAAAAGAAGAGAAUCUAUAACGAGGCCGUCAAAACAUACACAGAGCAAGCUAACGAUUGGGAUCGCCAAUACCUAGAAACAAGGGCAGAAUACGAGAACAUUCAUCAAUUAAUUCUCGACGACGACGAAGCGGAGAGUGGGCGAGAAAAAAGACGUGCCAAGGUUAAUAGCUAUGCAGAAAGUGAAGCUAGUGAUGUCGAGAUUGAACAAUGACGCCCGCGCUGCAAAUCCCGAUAAUCAGUUCUGUUCUCUUCAUGAUCGGCCUCGCCCCUCUCCUACGCACACACGAGUGGCGGAAUUAAUUUGAUAGCUGAGGCUUUACGAGUAGUAUAUAUU